GAGAGAGCAUAAGAGAGAGAAUGGUGGUAGCAUUAUGUGUGGAAUAUUGAUCAGUACAGAGAGGUAGAAGUAACCUUUCUGUUUCUCUGGUUUGAACAGCAACAAAAGAAGCCAUGAAAGUGGUAGAUGUAUUCAACGUAGCUCCAACUUCAGAAUCGAAAGAGUUACCAACUCAAACAACGCUUCCCCUCACCUUCUUUGACAUAUUAUGGCUAAGGCUGCCUCCUGUUCAACGCAUCUUCUUCUAUCAAUUUCCUCAUCCAACUCUUCUCUUCUUCGAUACCCUUCUUCCCAAACUCAAAAACUCUCUCUCUCUCGCACUUGCCCACUUUUUCCCUCUCGCCGGACACCUCACUUGGCCCCUUCACUCCCAAAUCCCCAUCCUCACUUACAAAUCCGGUGACACUGUUUCCCUCACUGUAACUGAAUCUGAUGCUGAUUUCGACCAUCUAGCAGGCACGGAUCUUGCUGAGGCUAGAGAAAUCCACCACCUUUUACCCCACUUGACCAUAUCCCACGAUCAAGCAAAUGUUCUAGCCUUGCAAGUCACUCUAUUUCCAAACUCUGGAUUUUCCAUAGCAAUAACCUCACACCAUGCUGUUCUAGAUGGCAAGACUUCAACCUCGUUUAUCAAAGCCUGGGCUUAUCUUUGCAGAGAUCAACCACAAUCAACUUUUUCUCUGCCACCUGAACUUUCUCCGUUUUUUGGCAGGGAGGUAGUCCAAGACCCUAAUCAUUUAGAACAAAAAUUUGUCAGCGAUUGGUUAAGACAGGGUGGACCCAACAACAGAAGCCUCGUAGCUUGGGAUCUGCAAGUCCCAGACGAUGCAACCAGAGGCGUGUUUCAUCUCGGUCGUUCAGAUAUUGAAAAGCUGAAGCAGAUUGUGGUGUCCAAGAAGAAAGGGAACAGCAGCAACCUCCGGUUGUCAACUUUUGUGUUAUCCGUUGGUUAUGCUUGGGUUUGCAGGGUGAGAGCAGAGGAAACAAAAAACAAAAUGGUUACGUUGGCUUUGAACAUUGACUGCAGGAAUCGUUUGGAGCCGCCACUUCCCGCAACGUAUUUUGGGAACUGUGUAGGGGCGAGGCUUGCAAGUGCUGAAACAAAGGAGAUAUUGGGGGAGGAUGGACUCAUUGUGGCAGUGGAUGCACUGAAUGAGAGUUUGGAAACUCUGAAAGAGGGAGCGCUGAGCGGGGCGGAAAAUUGGUCAAAGUGGUUGCUUGAAGGUUUCAAAGUUGAUACGAAGAUAAUUGGCGUUGCUGGGUCACCGAGGUUUGAUGCUUAUAGUAAUGACUUUGGUUGGGGAAGACCAAAGAAGGUUGAGAUGGCUACUAUAGACAGAACUGCCGCAUUUUGUUUAUCAGAUAGCAGAAAUGGUGAUGGGGUUGAGAUAGGUUUUGUGUCCACCAAAGAAGCAAUGCACACUUUUGCGUCUCUCUUUCUCAGUGGCCUUCUCCAAUCUUGACUUUUCUUUACUUUCUCAUCAAUAAAAGUUUGCCAAAGCAAAAUAAGAAUCUUUCACUUCAUUUACUUUAGUCGCUUUACUUUUGCACUUUUGCAUAGCCAGAAUUGGAUACCGGGUUCUACAUGUAAUUUUCCUAUUGUUUUUUUUUAUUUAAAUAUUUACUUGGUCUCUA